ACCAUAUCGAAACAGACGGGGCAUACAUUUUAUAACGUGAAACUAAUCUAAUCAGCAGUCAGUGAUAAAUCCGCAAAAAAAAACUUAGUUGUGGGUUGAGUUGUGCUUAGCAAUCGAAACCAUUACGUGCAUUUUGUAACCAAGAGUGUACAAUUACAAGAAAAUGGUAAACGUUCGACCGCUUCAUCCCAGUCUACAGAAGAAAGCCAUCGACGAGCUGAAUGAGGAUCCAGACAGAAUUCAAAAAGAUUUAGACGCGUUCAGGGAGUGGAUAAAAAAGUCGGCACACAUUAAAUCACGCAAUGACGAUCAGUUCCUGGUUAACUUCUUACGUGGAUGCAAAUUCAGUUUGGAGAGGGCGAAAGAAAAGUUUGAUUUGCAUCACACUAUGAAGACUCAUGUGCCUGAAUUGACGAAAAAUAGAGAUCCGCUAAAUCAAAAGGUUUUGGAUGUUAUAAAGCUAGGUGUUGGAAUUCCGCUCCCAAAUCUCGAAUCUCCCGAUGGCCCCAGAUACUUUCUCAUUCGACCCGGAUGUUAUGAUCCAGAUUUGUAUACUGCCGAGGAUAUAAUGAAAGUGGCAACAAUGGUAGCUGACUUCAUGUUGUGCACAGAUGACAAUUACGUUGUGUCGGGACAAAUUGGAAUCUUAGACUUCACUGGCAUUCGGUUGGCUCACUUAGUGAAAUUUACUCCAACGUUCAUCAAGAAAAUGACAAUGUUGCAGCAAGACGCAGCUCCUAUUCGUCAAAAAGCAUCGCAUUUUGUGAACAUGCCAUCGUUUGCACUGACUGUUUUCAAUCUUUUCCAAUCAUUCGCCAAUGAGAAAAAUAAACGUCGGAUUUUUGUUCAUGGAUCCGAUAUGGAUGCCCUGUAUAAAGAGGUGCCUCGCAAGCUACUACCGAAAGAGUAUGGAGGCGAAGCUGGAUCUAUUCAGGAAAUUAUUGAUAAUUUAGAAAAGACUCUGAUUGAAAACAGGGAAUUCUUCAUCGAAGAUGAUAAUUACGGUGUUGACGAGAAAAGACGAGUUGGAAGGCCAAAGAACUCGGAAAGCCUUUUCGGAGUUGAUGGAAGUUUUCGUCAGCUAACUAUUGAUUAAAGUGGAAAAUUUUAGUUUAUCGA